AGGCUUAAAAAUCAUUCUUUAACAUGUCUCCUCCCCUCCAUCUUCACUGAUUUAAAGUGGAUUUAACAAGUGACAUCAAUAAGGGAUCAUAGGUGUUCUUAAUUUUUUGUGAACUCAGUGUAUAUUGAUUAGUGUGUAGGCUAAACUACUAAUCUUAAUUCCACGGUUAGGUCAUUUAUGUCUAAACAUAGGCUAUAACAUUGUUUGAGUCAUGAUAUUAAGUCAUGUUUUUUUUCCAUGGACUGUUGGGUAUUUUGAUUUCUAUUCACUUCUCGUAAUUUUUGCGAUGGAAUAUGUAAGUAAACAAUUUACUUAAUAGCAUUGAUGGACUGAAGUUGCUUUCCUGUGAAAUGGCUCUUUUUAUGGAAAACCUGAAUGCCUAAAUUGACCUGUUGGAGAAGAAUCAUCAUGUCUUAUGCCUAAUAAUAUGCAAUUACAUAUGACAUACAUUCAGGGUAUAUGAUAACAUCAUAUUACAGUUAGACUCAAAUACAUAUAAUAGUUGCCUAUGGUAUCAUCAAAAGUAUGAUGAUAACAGAGAAUAGAACCAUAUUUUCAACCAAAACACCUUACACACAGACUUAUACAAACAAUAGUUUAAAAAGGGAGGGUCACUGAGGAAAAAAGAGAAGUACCAUUGGGUUGGAGUCAGCAGAAUAAAAGGUGAGACAUGGUAACACUGAUGCUGAUGACAACGCCAUUUUACAACCCAAUAAAAGGUUUUCAACUGACAUACUAUGAGGUUCAUGGAAAUUCCUUUUAACGAUCACUGCUACAGUAGUUCCAUAACAAAGACGAGUGGAAAUAAUGGCAGCCAUCAUAACAGGGCUCAUCCCAAUCCUCCGCACGGCAGUGGACACCACCACCACCUACAAGUGCCGCUCGUUGUGGUUUGGCUUCCUCUGCAUGCGCCUGGUGGUUCUGUUCAUGGCCGAGAUGCCCUGGUUCAAGCUGGACUCGGACUUCAGCUGUAACACCACCCAGGACAUGUGCACCCGAAGCUGCUUCAAUCAACACUUUGACAAGCCUGUCAUGGUGGCCUGGAACUUCUUCUUCAUCCUCCUCAUUAUGUCUGUCCUCCUCAUGGAGCUCUUUGCCUCCCACCUCCGCUCCGCUGCCCAGAAGAGGAGCUCCCGGCAGAGGAAAACUCCCGGGGAGUUGGAGGCCCAGGGGAAGAGUGUCAGUGUGCCUGAAUCUGAACCCCCAGGGAAGAUGGUGAUUGACCUCCACAAAGACAGGGUCACUGUGGGCUUCUACCUGUUCAGCAACGUGCUGCGUAUUAUGGUGGAGGUCUGGUUUGUCUAUGUGCUUCUGUCCUGGAACCUACCUAAAGUAGAUGGAGGGCCAUUCAAGUGUAAAUCAGGUAUCUGCCCAGAGAUACAUAUUUGCUUGGUGAGGGCGGCACCAGAGAAACGUAUGUCUAUCUAUGCUUUAGCCUCUGUUUCAGGCCUGGUCAUUGUAACUUCUGUCUUGUUCUGUUUGUACUCUAUUUUCCACUACCUCUGUAAAUGUUGAGCCUGCAGGGAACCCAUACUGCACCGUUUUAACCAUAAAUGUGUAAUGUGUAGGUGUAACAUUGGAUUUACUGUUUUCUUUUUUAAAAUCAUGUGUCAUGUCUGUGCCAGCUUAAAAGGCUAAUAAUGCUAAAUAAUCUG